CUCUUGGGAUUCUCAGAUAACCCCAGGCUAGGAAUGACCCUAUUUGUAGUUGUGUCUGUCUUUUACACAGUAACCCUCAUGGGCAACACCACCAUCAUACUCCUGUCUCACCUAGACCCUCACCUGCACACCCCCAUGUACUUCUUCCUCGCCCACCUCUCCAUCCUGGACCUCUGCUUUACCACCAGCUGCAUCCCCCAGAUACUGGUCAAUUUCUGGGGCUCAGACAAGACCAUCAGCUACCUGGGAUGUGAAGUCCAGCUUUACAUCUUCUUGGGACUCGGAGCUGCACAGUGUGUCCUGCUGCUGGUCAUGGCCUUUGAUCGCUAUGUGGCAGUGUGUCGACCCCUGCACUAUGCAGUAAUCAUGUGCCCAAGCCUGUGUCACAAGCUGGCAUUCCUGGUCUGGGCAAGUGGAAUUUUUGGCACCUUGGUACAGUCUCCUACCACCAUGAAACUCCCCUUUUGCCACCACCACCAGGUUGAUGACUUUGUCUGUGAGGUCCCUGCACUGAUCCGUCUGGCCUGCGGAGACACACAUGUCAAUGAGCUCCAGAUUUCAGUGAUUGGUGCCAUCUUCUUGAUGGGGCCUCUUCUGCUUAUCCUUGUCUCCUACGAGAACAUCGCCCAGGCAGUACUGGCCAUCCAGUCCCAGGAGGGCAGAACCAAGGCCUUCAGCACCUGCUCUUCCCACCUGGCCGUCGUCUUUCUCUUCUACUGCAGUGUCACUGCUGUCUACAUCCGACCCCGGAGUCACUUAUCCCGGAAGGGAGGCAAGUUCCUAACUCUUUUCUACACUGUGGUAACUCCCACUCUCAACCCUCUCAUCUACACUUUGAGGAACAAGGACAUAAAGGGAGCUUUCAAGAGGCUCUUAUGGAAAGACAGAAUGGCCAGUGAAGAGUGA